AAGUGGCGGCGGCGGCUGCGGGGCUGAGGAAAUGCAGUUCCACCUACUCACCCCUCUAUUGCACAUUUGGAUCUCCCGGUGCCACGGCUCUGCAAGUGUAAAAGCUACAGGGUGUGUCAAGACAGGAGGGAAAACUGGACUCCAUGGUCAGCUGCUGCCAUGAACAGCAGUUUCCCCCGAAAUCUACUGCUGAGCUUUGGUCUCGACUCGAGAUUGAGCAAGCUCCAAGCUGGUAUAUUGGGGACAUCAUGAAUUGGAAUAAAGGUGGACCUGGUACAAAGAGAGGCUUUGGGUUUGGUGGAUUUGCCAUAACACCUGGCAAGAAAGAGGAGCCCAAGCUGUCUCAGCAGUCCCACAGUGCUUUUGGCACCGCUGGGUCCUCAGCAGCAUUUGCAAAAUCAGGGCCUCCUCAGUUGCCUUCCUUCUACAAAAUUGGGUCAAAGCGAGCCAAUUUUGAUGAGGAGAAUGCGUACUUUGAGGAUGAGGAGGAAGAUUCCAGCAAUGUGGAAUUGCCCUACAUUCCCGCAGAGAAUUCCCCCACUCGGCAGCAGUUCCAUUCCAAGUCGGCAGACUCUGACAGCGAUGAUGAUCCUCUGGAGGCAUUCAUGGCUGAAGUGGAGGAUCAAGCUGCUCGAGACAUGAAGAGACUUGAAGAUAAAGACAAAGAAAAAAAGAACGUUAAGGGUAUUCGAGAUGACAUUGAAGAGGAAGAUGACCAAGAAGCGUAUUUUCGCUACAUGGCUGAAAACCCCACUGCUGGUGUGGUGCAAGAGGAGGAAGAGGAUAACCUGGAGUAUGAUAGUGAUGGGAAUCCGAUUGCACCGUCCAAAAAAAUCAUUGAUCCUCUUCCACCUAUUGACCAUUCAGAGAUUGAAUACCCACCGUUUGAGAAAAACUUCUAUGAUGAACAUGAGGAGAUCACCAGCCUGACCCCUCAGCAAGUGGUGGAGUUACGGCAUAAGCUGAAUCUCCGGGUCUCCGGGGCUGCUCCUCCAAGGCCUGGCAGUAGUUUUGCUCAUUUUGGGUUUGAUGAGCAACUUAUGCACCAGAUUAGGAAAUCUGAAUAUACCCAACCCACUCCAAUACAAUGUCAGGGUGUUCCAGUGGCACUAAGUGGCAGAGACAUGAUUGGGAUAGCCAAGACUGGAAGUGGGAAGACAGCUGCCUUCAUCUGGCCAAUGCUGAUCCACAUCAUGGAUCAGAAGGAGCUGGAGCCAGGGGAUGGUCCCAUUGCAGUGAUCGUCUGCCCGACCAGGGAGCUCUGCCAGCAGAUCCACUCCGAGUGCAAGCGCUUUGGCAAGGCCUAUAACCUGCGCUCCGUGGCCGUGUACGGAGGAGGGAGCAUGUGGGAGCAAGCCAAGGCCCUGCAGGAGGGGGCAGAGAUCGUGGUCUGCACACCAGGUCGUUUGAUUGAUCAUGUGAAAAAGAAAGCUACAAACCUGCAGAGAGUCACUUACCUUGUGUUUGAUGAAGCUGACAGAAUGUUUGAUAUGGGGUUUGAAUAUCAGGUCAGAUCAAUUGCAAGCCACGUACGUCCUGACAGACAGACCCUCUUGUUCAGUGCCACGUUCCGUAAGAAGAUUGAGAAAUUGGCCCGGGAUAUUCUGAUCGACCCAAUUCGGGUUGUGCAAGGAGACAUUGGAGAGGCAAAUGAAGAUGUCACUCAGAUUGUGGAGAUUUUCCCCUCUGGGCCCAGCAAGUGGAACUGGCUGACGCGGCGCCUUGUGGAGUUCACAUCCUCCGGGAGCGUCCUCCUCUUUGUCACCAAGAAAGCCAACGCAGAGGAACUGGCCAAUAACCUCAAGCAGGAGGAUCAUAACCUGGGGCUGCUUCAUGGAGACAUGGACCAGAGUGAGAGGAAUAAAGUCAUUUCGGAAUUUAAGAAAAAGGGGAUCCCCAUCCUGGUAGCUACUGAUGUGGCAGCUCGAGGGUUGGAUAUCCCUUCCAUCAAGACUGUCAUCAACUACGACGUGGCUCGGGACAUAGACACCCACACGCAUCGGAUCGGCCGCACCGGCCGUGCGGGGGAGAAGGGAGUGGCCUAUACCCUGCUGACCCCCAAGGACAGCAACUUCGCUGGGGACCUUGUCAGAAACCUGGAGGGUGCCAACCAGCACGUUUCCAAAGAGCUGCUGGAUUUGGCAAUGCAGAAUCCGUGGUUCCGGAAAUCCCGAUUUAAAGGAGGGAAGGGCAAGAAGCUGAAUAUUGGUGGUGGUGGCUUGGGAUACCGUGAACGCCCCGGGCUGGGUUCAGAAAAUACUGACCGUGGAAACAACAACAGUGUGAUGAGCAACUACGAGGCCUACAAGCCAUCCACAGGGGCCAUGGGGGACAGGCUGACAGCAAUGAAAGCAGCUUUCCAGUCCCAGUACAAGAGUCACUUUGUUGCUGCAAGUUUAAAUAACCAAAAGACUGGGAGCUCUGCUGCUGGUGCCAGCGGCUGGACCAGCGCCGGGAGCCUGAACUCGGUCCCGACGAGUUCAGCGCAGCAAAGUGCCGCCAGUCCCGAGAGCCCCGCGGCAGCGGCAGCAAAGGGAGUCCCGGGUUUCCCCAGCACGGGCAGCCUGAGCGGCAGCCCCACCUUCCCCAGCGCGGGAGCGCCGGCCUUCAACAGCGCAAACGCCGGCAGCAGCGGUCGCGAGGGCAGCGGUGGCAUCGUCAGAGAACGGUACAACGACACCCGGAACAGCCGGCACAGCGAGGCCCCGCGGCGCGGGGACGGCGCUGGCCGAGGGGAGGGCGCUGGUCGCUACAACGAUGCCCAGCGUUACGGUGAUGCCCAGCGUUAUGGUGAUGCCCAACGCCACAACGAUGCCCAGCGCCACAGUGAUACCCAGCGCUACAAUGAUGCCCAGCGCUACAAUGAUACCCAGCGUUACGGUGAUGCCCAGCGUUACGGUGAUGCCCAGCGCUACAACGAUGCCCAGCGCUACAACGAUGCCCAGCGUUAUGGUGAACCCCAGCGUUAUGGUGAACCCCAGCGUUACGGUGAUGCCCAGCGCCACAACGAUCCCCAGCGUUACGGUGAUGCCCAGCGUUACGGUGAUGCCCAGCGCGACAGCGGCGGCAGCAGCCGGCACAGUGACCCCUCCCGGCACGGUGACGUCCAGCGCCACGGCGAGGGCCGGCACUUCAGUGACCUGCCAGGCGGCAACCGCAACAACGGUGACAGCAGGACCAGCGAGGGUAGGAACAGCGAGAGCAGGAACGGAGAGAACAGGAGAGAGGCCAACAGCCGAGACAACAAGACAGAUGGUUUUGCUGUCCCAGAGCCCCCAAAACGGAAGAAGAGCCGGUGGGACAGUUAAAAGCUGGGGGUUCACAGCCUGGAAUCUCUGCAGAUAGUGUUGUCUUUUUCCAGGGAUUUUAGUAACUGGUUGAGCAGCUGGGGCCAGAGAAGGAAAGCAUGAGAACCCCCAUGCAAGUUCAUCUGCGGACAGAUGCACCCAAACGAAAUGUACACAACACUUAGUGAAAGAAAUCAUUUUGAUAAAGCUCCCUGGGUUCUGCUUUGAAACAUUCAGUGCUUGAGUGACUCUGCUGGAUUUAAACAGAUCUUCUUGACAAAAAAGCUGUUCCACAUCCUUGGAACGUUAAGAAACUGUUGUCCAUAGAAAUAUAAAUUAGUCUUUUCUUAACCAGCGUUCACAUUUACAAACCAGUCCAGUCCACCUAGAGAUGCUCAGGACCUGUUAGACAUUAAUCUUGCAGCAGUUUGGUCAGUAUGGUGAGUUCUUCCCCCACCUCCUUUUAACAUAACUGUCCCCAAAUAAUUUGGCCUCCAGGUUACCCCUUACCUCUUUCCCCAUCAACUAAGAAUGUAUUAAUUUGCUUUGGUGAGGGUGGGGCAGAGCAAAUUGGUUUUUGGUGGUUUGGCCUUUUAUUUUGUUUUUUGUGGGUUGUUUUUUUGGUUUUUUUGCUUUUUGUUUGUUUUUGCUUUUUGUUUUUAUGUGUGUGUGUGUGUGUGUGUGUAGCUGUUCAAGGGAUUCUUCUCCAUCCCACCAAACCACAAAUUCAGUUGUAGUGUAGGUUGGACUCCCUGGCUUGUUUGUGGUCAGUACUUCAAUUCCAAUCCCAUUGCCCAUAUUUUAUUUCUUAUGAAGAACCUCCUGUUUUCUAAUAUCCCACAUUCUGGUGGAAGCCUGCAUAGCAAACCUGUGUCUCUGCUGUGCCUAUGCACCCUCUGUUCUGAGAGGGUUGAGUGCUUUCAAAUUAAAAACAAAAAAGGGAAAACAAUGUAGAUACACAACAAUCAGAGGCUGGAGCCCCCCAGGAAGUGUGGCUAAAAGAAGAUUCAGAAAUUCAGGGAUCUGUUGCUCAGAAGCCUUUAGGGAGAACCCAGAAAACAAUUAAUGAAAAGAAACAGCUCAAAUCUGGCCCUGUUUUGGACACAUGUAGUAAAUCUGUAAAAUCUUGCUUGCUCAUUUUUAACUCGUUGUGUGUAUUCCCAUUUUUUAACUUUUAUUUUUUUUUGCCACAAGGUAGGGAAGAACUUUUCAGUUGGGACAUGUCAGCACCCACCGCUGGCUCGUUUCCACUGGAAGAUGUACCAGAAGCUGUCAGGGUUUUGUGACAUUGUGAUGUUUUCUUUAUCAGCUGUGCAUUUACUUUCUGCUUGCUCUAGUAAAUGUUUUAUUACUGGUACAAAAA